AUGAGCAUCCAAAGAGCCUCUUCGCAUAUUUUUACUUCUUUCUCUAAGUGGAAAUAUGAUGUCUUCCUAAGCUUUAGAGGUAAUGAUACUCAAAGGAACUUCACAGAUCAUCUAUAUGCUGCUUUAAUAAAAAGUGGAAUUAAUGUAUUUAAAGAUGAUAAAGAACUUGAAAAGGGAAAUUCCAUUUCCCCAGAACUCUCUAAGGCAAUUGAAGAAUCAAGAAUAUCGAUUAUUAUAUUAUCAAGAAACUAUGCUUCUUCCACUUGGUGCUUGAAUGAACUUUUAAAGAUUGUUCACUGCACAAAGACAAUGAAACAUAAGAUUAUUCCAAUUUUCUAUAAUGUGGAUCCAUCUGUUGUGAGAAAACAAACAGAAAAUUUUGAGGAAGCUUUUGCUAAACAUGAAGGAACGUUUAAGGGUAAAGCAGACAAGAUACAAAAAUGGAGGAUUGUUUUGACAGAGGUGGCCAAUCUCGCAGGAUGGGCUUUAAAGGAUCGGCAUGAGUCAGAAUUCAUUCAAGAUAUUGUUAAAGACAUAUCAAGAAAAUUAGGUCCUACUGCGUCUAGGACUCUGGAAGGUCUAGUAGGAAUAUGUUCACGUUUGGAGAAGCUGCGAAGGGCCCUAAUGGGUACAAAGUCUGAUGAUGUUUGUAUGAUAGGAAUUUAUGGAAUGGAAGGAAUAGGAAAAACUACAAUUGCAAGAGAUAUUUAUGACUUGAUUUCUUCUGAAUUCGAUGGUAGUAGUUUUCUUGCCAAUGUUAGAGAAACUUCAAGAAAAAGGGGUGUGGCACAUUUACAAAACCAGCUUCUGUCUCAAAUCCUGGGGCAAAUGAAUAUUAAUAUAUGGAAAGUGUAUGACGGAAUUGAAAUGAUAAGAAGUAGUAGGAUCAUAAUAACGUUGAGAGAUAAGCAAUUGCUGAUCACACAUGGAGUGGAUAUUAUGUACAAGCUCUUGAAGUUCCAGGCUCAUUUUUAUUUGGUAACUAUUGAUGAAUGGGAAAGUGCAUUGCAAAGGCUAGGAAGAGAAUAUGAAAAUGGGAUUUUUAAUAAUCUCCAAAUAAGUUUUGAUGGACUAAAGGAAACACAGAAGAAAAUAUUUCUAGAUAUUGUACGCUUCUUUAAAGGGGGAGAUAAAUAUCAUGUAACAAGAAUAUUAGACCGCUGUAGUUUCAAUCCAACCAUUGGAAUAGCUGUUCUUGUUAAUAAAUCUCUUAUAACUAUUUCCGAUAAGAACAUAUUGUGGAUGCAUGACUUAUUACAAGAAAUGAGUCAAAGAAUUGUUAAGAGAGAUUCCCCAGAAAAUCCUGAAAAAUGUAGCAAAUUAUGGAAAGAAGCAGAUGUUCAUGAUGUGUUGACAAGAAACACAGAUACUGAAGUAAUUGAAGGCAUAAUACUAGAAAAAGAGGUGGAGUAUUUUACUGUAGGUGCCAAAGCCUUUUCAAAUAUGAGUAACCUAAGAUUGUUGAGGAUCUGUAAAGUGCAACUUCCUGAAGGCCUUGAAUACCUUUCCAACAACUUAAGGUUACUUGAAUGGUUUGGAUACCCUUUGCAAACUUUGCCGUCGAUUUUGCAGUUGGAUAAAAUUGUCGAGCUUAAAUUGCCAUAUAGCCACAUCUCACAGCUGUGGAAAGAAACAAAGUUGAAGACGUUUCCACAGAUUAUACGAAGUAUGGAAUCUCUAGUGGAGCUUUGUUUAGACAGAACUCCGAUUAAAGAAUUACCAUUCCCAGUUGAACAUCUAAAGGGAAUUGUUUUGUUGAGUAUGGAAGACUGCAAGAAUCUUGUGACUCUUCCAACUAAUAUAAAUGGUUUGAAAUCUCUCAAAACUCUAUCAAUCUCUGGUUGCUCCAAACUUGAAAAUGUGCCAGAGAGUCUGGGACAAGUAGAAAAUUUGGAGAGGCUUGACCUAAGUGGAACUGCUGUAAGGCGACCAACGUCCUCCAUUUUUUUCAUGAACAAUCUUAAGAAAUUAUCUUUUCGUGGAUGCAAAGGACAGCCAUCAAGCCCAUGGUAUUGGCCUUUCCCAUUCAAUUUGAUGUCAGGUAGAAGAUCAGAUCCCAUCAUCACUUUGAAGUUGCCUUCACUGUUAGGUUUGCCUUCAUUGACAGCUUUAGAUCUCAGUGACUGCAAUCUAGGAGCAAUCCCCAGUGAAGUUGGCAACUUAGUUUCAUUGCAAUAUCUACAUCUAGGAAAGAACAAUUUUGUGUCACUUCCUAGCAGUAUCAAUCGUCUUCGUAAGCUUACGGAACUUUAUUUGGAUAAUUGUCAUAGGCUUCAAUCAUUACCAGAACUUCCACCCAAUUUAAAUCGGCUUGUUGUAGAUCAUUGUACUUCACUAGAAAGAUUACCAAAUGCAUUAUGCAUAACACCAUAUCGUUUACAACGCAUUUCUUGUGUGAAUUGCUUGAAAUUGAGUGACUGCAAAGCCAGUGUGGCAUCAACACCAAAGGAAAUGCCCCAUCCAAGUGCUUUUUUUACCAUGAUUUUUAUUCCUGGAAGUGAAGUUCCGAAGUGGUUCAGCCAUCAGAGUGAGGGUUCUUCAAUAAGAAAAAAAUGUCUUCCAGACAUGAAGUUGAAGGGAUUCUUUGUCACCGCUGUUCUUUUUACCCGGAAGCAUUUUCCUGCCCUCAAUAAUAAUGGUUUCAUUCGUUUUCAAGGCAAUAAAGGAAGGAAAAAUCAUUUCUCUAUGGAUUUAUACCUGAAGAUAGUUUGA